UAAAAGUAAACGAACGUAGUCACAGUCAAUGGCGCUUUGUGUUACUUGCUGGAAAGCUCCCGAAAACCUUCCUCCGUAUAUUCUCCAUAUCAAAACAUAUCGAACGACGGAAGAAAAAGGGAGUUGAUGUUAUACCAUCAAAUAAAAUAGUAAUUAUUUAUUAUGGAGGCUAGCGAAUUAUACAAUCUUUCAAUAUCGCCUGUGGUGACAGGUUCUUUCGUACUUGCUUGGUCAGAAGAUAAUCACAUUUCAUUAAUAACACAUCGUGGAGUUCAUGUGUUUGAUUUCGUGCCACAUCCAACAUGUAUGUAUCCAUUUUUGAGGCUGGCAAGGAGUUUCAUUUAUCCUUCAGAUUAUUUGCCAACAAAAUCGUAUGCAAGUAUUGUCACUGAAAACUUGAGACGGAUGAAACACAAUGAAAUUUAUGAGCUUUUCUUAGAGGAGGCUCUAACCCCUGAUCUGGAGGAUAAAACAAAGCCAAUACCAAGAAUAAUUAAUGUUGCUUGGUCCCCGAUGAGCUUAGCAAAGCCGGGAAAAUGCUUAUGCGUAAUCAUUACAUUGCAUGGAAGUGUUGAAAUCCUCAAUAAAUUGGGCAAUGACUGGUUAUCCAUGUGGAAUCUAACGGAGCGAUGGAAAAAACUCGUUGAGGCUGAAUCAAAAAUAGACCCAGUCAUUUUAGCAGCAGAGAUCGAACAGGAAAUAAUGUGGGCAGAUCAUUUGAGACGUUUUUUGGGUACUACUGCCACUUGGAGUUCAAUUUUUCAAGAUCGGGACAAGAAAAACUUUGCUUGGCUCGCAGUUGCUUUCCGAAGUUCUGAAAUAGUUGUUGCCAAAGUACGAGAGGUAGAUGAGCUAGCUGAAAGGAGCGAAGAACCUAGGAUUGUUUAUAAACGCUGGUUAGAGGCAAAAGUGAGAAUUGAUCAGUUGCUGUGGAUUACGCUUAAGCAACAAAAGUCCCACGUAAUUAUCGUUGCUUACGGUGAUGGCAGAAUUCACGGCCUUAUUCUCGACGAAAUAGAGGGAAAAUUGGAAGAAAAUCGAUUGUUAAAAUAUGAGGUUUGCUCCGAUUUUGUAAAAAUUACUUCCGUUCAAUUAUUUGCCAAAGUUGAUGGAAAUCAUGUAGUACUUUUAACAAAGUCCUCUUGCCUCAUCGCUCUAAGCCUCAAUCAUAAUGGAGAGUGCUACCAAAGAAGAUACCUCAGAAUAAAUGGAUUCUCUAUCACGGGUUUAACAAUCGUGAGCAGAGAAAAAGUAGUGGUAACGACUCAAAAUAGUAAACUAUUUGCUGUUACCAUACCAAAAGAAGACAAUUUGAGUUGUGAGGCGGUGAGCCAUGAUUUGAAAAGCAAUAGAGUCCAAUACCUCGGGCUCGUAAGUUCCCGGAAUAGUACGAUUUUGUUAAGCGUCACGAGUCCUGACUGCAUCUUCGAUCAUUUGAUAAACCGAGAGCCAAGUGUGCUACAAGUUUUCCGACUUUCGAACGAAGAAUGGAAUCCCUGGCGCUUGAUUCAAAAUCAGCUCCAUUUGAAAGCUCCAAUCCGAAAUUAUUGGGAUUGUCUCGAAUCUUUGAGAAUUAUUGCGGCAAAAAAUGGCUUUGAGCCAGCGAAAAUUUUUCCAAAAAUUGAAACCAACUUUGAUUCACUGGAUGUCCACGAACUUCGUAUUGUAAUGUGGCUGACCUCGAUGUUGGAAAUUCUUGAAAAACGACAAUUUUUGAAGAGCGUUGGAAAAAUCGUCGGCCAUAUUUCCGAAGCUGAACCACUUAUUUUUUUGCUAAGUGGUUGCGAUUUUCUGAACCGUCUCAUAAAAAAAGGAUUUUCGUGUCUUAACGAGAAUGAGAAGCGCAGCGCAAGUUUUUUGCGAAUGUACAUGGAAAUGUUUCUUGCUGGUGAGGAAGGAGACGAGACUAAUUCAGGGGGCACAAUCAAGAAAAUAUUGCAUGGUUUUCGGGCGAGCGAAAAUCUUAUAGGUUCUGUUGAAACUGAGACAUGCAAUUUGUGUGGUGUAAUUUUAACUGAAUUGCCGUGGACCAUAGAGUCUUGUCCUUCUGGCCACAAAUUGCCCAGAUGUUCUCUGAGUCUGCUCCAAAUCACCCAUAUUAAUUUCCGAUCUUGUCCUGUCUGCACUCGUUUGUAUCAUACGUUCCUCGAUCAAAUUUAUCCACAAGUUCGAUGUAUAUAUUGCGACGUGCCUCCAAUUUACGACUACCGGAUGCAAUCUUCGGCUCUCGACGAGAUGGAGACUAAAUGGAACAAUCUUUCGAAGCAUCCAGUUGGAAAUAUUGAACAUACAAAGAAUCCUGCCGGAUCCCAGGAAUCUACCAGUGAAAAAGUUAAGAAACGUAGCGUCAACGAUACACAAACUUUUGCCGUUAUUAUAAAUCGAGAUCAACACGAUGACUCGCUUAUCACAGAAACAUGGCAGCAAUUUUAGUCAGUUUCUCAAAGUCAAAAUGAAGUUUUCAAUAAAAUUGAGGUAUAUUUGUU